UGAAUGAGGGCGUGGUGAUAUCCGCCAAUGGACGUAGGAGGGGAAACGCCAAGCGUUAAUGAUGAUUGGCUGCCUGUCAACCUUAACCACGCCCUCCUUUAGUAGCUUCAGAAAGAUGAGGAACCCGCAGUUAGACCUGCUAAAUCAUGGCUACAUUUUUGGAGCGACUGGCUUUUCUUCAAAAAGUACCCACCUUGAUGAAGGCAACAGCAGAUGAUGAAAACCCCUGUCCUGGUUACCUUUUUCAGGAGAUUGGAAAAAUCUCCCAUGAGUCCUUGGGUUGUGGUCAGUGUUUGCUCGAAUACCUCCUGGAGAGACUCCAAGUCGAGUCGUGUCAUGUCAAACUUAAGGUGCUAAAGAUCUUUGUCCACCUGUGCGGUCAUGGUUCAGAUCAUUUCCUCACAGAACUCAGAAGGAACUCCACCUUCAUCCAGCAAGCUUCAGUCUACAGCGGCCCUCCUGAUCCCGUUCACGGCACAGCACUUUAUCAGAAAGUAAGGAGCACAGCACAGGAAGUGGCUCGGCUACUUUUUACAGAUUCGAUUGUUACCAAAAGCAGCAUGUCGUCACACGCUGUUGCCCCUCCGAGAACAGAUUUGUCCAUAUGUGGCUCUCCAGGUAUGGGACCCGCUCUGUCCCACCGGUCGGCUCUGCAGGGUUUUGGAUAUAGUCCAGGGAAACAAACGGCUGUCAGUGAAUCCCUCCUGGAUAAGAUCCAAAAAGCCGCGGAGGUGGUGGCCAGCGCCGUCCUCCCCCCCACGGAGCAACAGGGCAUCCGGCUCCACGACAACCACUACUGCGCCGUCUUUGCUCCAUCGGCGCCCAUAGAGGUGGCCGUUCCCGCGUGUGCGUACAACCACCCCGACAGGAAACCUAAAGUGACCCAGUGGUGCCCGGGGCAGGUCGGCGGCGGCUGGGAGGAGACUGACAGCAGCAAUGGCUCCUCCCACAACUCCUCUCAGGACAUCAGUGCGAACAGCAGAGCGUCUGUGGGCAGCAAGUCGGCUGGAACAAGGAGCCAAUCAGGAGCCAGCAGAGGGAGUAAUGGAGACCUGUCAGAACGGGUGGAGGCCCUGCAGUUGGGCGACUGUGGCCAGGAGAUGGCGCUCAUCAACCGACUGACGGAAGGCUCCAGAGUUUUCCUGACCAGAGAGGAGUGUCAGCACUUCAUCAAAGAAUGUUCCACUCUCAACUGCGACGUGGUCGUGGAGUUGCUGUCCAGCAAACUCCAGAACCCUUCAAGCGUUCUUCAGAUGCGGGCUCUGUGUGCCAUCUCGUGCCUUAUGACCUCUGACCUUCUCUCCUUGGAGCAAAUGUUCGGAGCGACCCGACGGAGGCUCCAUCAGCUGAGCGACGGCUCUCGAGGACCUGUGGCAAACAAAGCGACCAAGAUUCUUCGACAGUUUGAAGCUCUCCUCGGUGGAUCUCUGCACGCCGCCAAGCUCGACGCAGCGACCAGCAGGAAUCCGUCCUCUUUCUCUGAAGACUCGGAUCAGAACACAAACCUGAAACCUCGUCAAUCUGCUCCAGAUGAGCUGAUGAAGGACGAGGAGGAGGAGCUUCACCGUGUCUCUGACAGAGCGGGACAUCCGAACCUCGACUGCGAUAAAGAACCCUCGCCGCCCCAGAAGAGCGCCCUGUCUCUUUUCAGCGGCAUGGAGAUGGUGACCAAAGUCACGCUGUGCGGAAAGGACACGAACACUGAAGACAGUUUAAGGUCGAAUUACGUUUCACCCGAUAGAGAUGAGUCAGUUUCAGCGUUCUCUUUUCUAAACUCUUGACCCUAUAGGCAGCUUCCUGAAGCUAAAACUGUCCUCCUGGUUCUGUCCUCCUCCUGUGACGGUCCAGUCUGUCAACGGCAUCAACAGAACCGGGUCGUCGGGCUUUCUGAUGGCUUCAUUUCUAAACUAAACGAGAGUAUUCGUCUGGAUAGAAGGUAGGAGAGAAACGAGUGUUCAGGUUCGAAGAAGCAGGAAGAGUCGUGGUUUAACGUCGUCAUGGUAACGGGCAUCUAGAGGAACCUUCUCCACUAAAGAAACUGGGAGGACACUCAGCUUUCAUGGAGAUUUGCUAAAUUAAAGGGACUCCCAGUAUUUUUU